AGUUUCAGAGUCACAGAGCUAAGUUUACCACCGCCAGAGACACGACGCCAUCACCACCGUCUGGGAGCCGACGAAAGGAUCCUGUAGCUGAACUAUUGCCUGUUGAGUCUGUUUGACUGACCUGACGCUUUAGGCUUUUUGGCCCAAAACAAAAAAAGAAAAGAAGAAAAAAGUUCACACUAGUUCACUUUUGACAUUUUUUGGGAGAAGGACAAGGAUUCGCCAUGCAGUCCUGUGCCAGGUGUGGGUUUGUGGUCUACCCAGCAGAGAAGAUCAACUGCAUUGACCAGAACUGGCACAAAGCAUGUUUUCAUUGUGACGUCUGCAAGAUGGUCCUCACCGCUAACAACUUUGUGAGUCAUAAGAAGAGGCCGUACUGCUCCGUGCACAAUCCAAGGAACAACACAUUCACCAGCGUCUACGAGACUCCCGUCAACAUCAAUGCAAAGAAGCAGAGCAAGGCGAGCAGCGAGCUGAAGUAUCGCGAAGAUGGCGAACGCUUUAUGUCCACCUUCCACUGUGACAUGAGAUCCAUGGAGCUGGAGAAGGCUCGCCUAGCCAGUCACAUGGCCAGCCAGGCUUUUCAGUCUCAGUCUGAGUUCUCACAGCAGCAGACCUGGUGUUCAGGGAUGGUGACCAACCAGCAGAUAGUGACGAUGUCUCAGGCACAGAAGAUCAUCAGCGACGCGAAAUACACAGAGGAGUACGAAGAGUCAAAAGGAAAAGGCAGCUUCCCUGCGAUGAUCACACCAGGCUACCAAGCAGCCAAGAACGCCAACACUCUGGCCAGCAAUCUGGAAUAUAAAAAAGGGCACGAGGAAAGAGUUUCAAAAUACACCACGUUUGUCGACCCCCCGGAGGUGCUUCUGGCCAAGAAGCAAGGACAAAUUAUUAGUGAUCAUGUCUACACAGAGGAGUACGAGCAGCAGAGGGGUAAAGGCAGUUUCCCAGCCCAUCUCACACCGGGAUACAAGAUGUCAAAGAAGGCCUCUGAGCAGGCCAGUGACAUAAAGUAUCGCCAAGUGUACGAACAGGAGAUGAGGGGUAAAGCCAGCGCUGAGGCAGGAAUAGCUGAGGUGGUCCACGCCAGAGAAAAUGCAGAAAACUUCAGCCAGAUUGCAUAUACUGAAGAAUACGAGCAGCAGCGAGGCAAAGGGAGUUUCCCUGCCAUGAUCACCCCUGGUUACCACCUGGCAAAGAAAGCUCAGGAAAAUGCCAGUAAUCUGAAAUACAAGAAGGACUUAAACAAAAUGAAGGGCACGUCCCACUACCACAGUCUGACCUCUGAGGACAAUCUGGCGAUGAAGAACGCCCGGAAGAUCAACAAGAUGGUCAGCGAGGUGGAGUAUAGAAAAGACCUGGAGAACACCAAAGGGCACAGCAUCAAUUUCUGCGAGACGCCACAGUUUCAAAAUGCCGCCAAGGUUGCGAAGUUCACCAGCGACAAUAAGUAUAAAGAGAAAUACACCACUGACAUGAAGGGCCACUAUGAAGACUCUGGUAUUGAUAAGAAGACCAUGCAUGCCAUGAAAGCAAGGAAGCUGGCGAGUGAUAUUUCCUAUAAACAAGGGUCCGAACAGGAGCAGGGUGAAUUCAACUACCCAGCGACCCUCACACCGGGCUACAAAAGCCAAAGGAAACUGGACCCGCUGAAAGACAAGAACUACAGGCAACACAUUGACCAGGUCAAGUACAGGUCGGUGGCGGAUACACCCGAGAUUGUUUUAGCCAAGAAAAACGCUCAGCUCGUCAGCAACCUAAAUUACAAAGCUGACUAUGAAAAGACGAAGCAUCAGUACACUCUGUCCCAGGACCUGCCUCAAAUCCAAAAUGCCAAAGCCAACGCCGCCUUGUGUAGCGAUAUUGAAUACAAAAAGGAGUGGGAGAAAACAAAGUCGAAAGCGUGCGACAUCGGCGUGGAUGACCUGAGUGUCAGAGCAGCCAAAGCUUCCAGAGACCUUGCCAGCGACAUUAAAUACAAAGAAACCUACAUGAAGAACAAGGAGAAGGCCGUGGGCGUCAACAUGAGCGACUCCAAGACUCUGCACUCGCUUCAAGUGGCCAAGAUGAGCAGUGACAUUGCAUACAAGAAAGGCUCCAAAGAGAGUCAGGCCCAGUUCAGCCUCCCUCAUGACAUGAUCAACCUGAGCCACGCCAAGAAGGCUCAGGCCCUUGCAAGUGACUUGGAAUAUCGCACGAAGCUCCACGACUACACGGUCAUGCCCGACGACAUCAAGGUGCAGCAGGCCAAGAAGGCUUAUUCCCUGCAGAGCGAGAACCAGUAUCGUUCAGACCUGAACUGGAUGAAAGGCGUCGGCUGGGAGGCUGAAGGAUGUCUCAACAUUACUCAGGCCAAGAAAGCUGGAGAUCUUCUUAGUGAUACCAAGUACCGUCAGAAAGCCGAUAGCAUCAAGUUCACUCAGGUGGCGGAUGAUCUGUCCAUCAAACACGCCAAGCAAAGCCAGGAACUGCAGAGCGACCUGGCGUACAAAGCAAACACAGAGCAGAUGCUGCACCAGUACACGAUGACAAAAGACGAGCCCCUCUUCAGACAAGCAAAGGCUAACGCUGACCUUCUCAGUGGGAAAGUGUACAAGAGCAGCUGGGAGAAGCAGAGGGACAAGGGCUUUGAGCUUCGUUUGGAUUCCCUGUCUAUUCUCACAGCUAAAGCCAAGAGGGACCUGGCCAGCGAUGUCAAGUACAGGGAAAAGUACGAGAAAAACAAAGGCAAGGUGAUUGGCAUUAAGUCGGUCAGCGACGACUCUCAGAUGGCUCACUCUGCUCUGGCCACCAAGCUACAGAGCGACCGCCACUACAAGAAGAACUACGAGGACACUAAGGCCAAAUACAGCGUUUCUCUGGACAUGCUGAACAUCAGCCACGCCAAGAAGGCUCAAGACCUGGCAACCGAGACCAAGUACAGGACUUUCCUCCACGAAUACACCACUCUGCCCUCCGACAUGAACGUCGCAUGGGCCAAGAAGGCCUACGGGCUCCAGAGCGACAACCAAUACAGGUCGGAUCUGAACUGGAUGAAGGGCGUCGGCUGGGAGGCCUCAAAAUCUCUGGAUGUGCAGCAGGCGAAGAAGGCCGGAGAUCUGGUCAGCGAGAAAAAAUACCGGCAGGAUGUGAGUGCUCUGAAGUUUACAAGCGUUGAAGACACUCCAGAGAUGAUACAGGCCAAACUGAGCAACAAACUGGCUGUUGAUAGGUUGUACAGAGAGAAGGGUGAAAACAUGAAGCACAACUACACGCUCAGUGGAGAGCUGCCUGAGAUGGUGCAGGCCAAGCUCAACGCGGAGAACAUCAGUGAGAGCCGUUACAAGGAAUCGUGGACUAAGAUACGUGACGGUGGCUACAAGCUGCGUCUGGAUGCUAUUCCCUUCCAGUCCGCCAAGGCGUCUGCAGAGAUCCUCAGCGAUCACAAGUACAAAGAAGAAUUUGAGAAGACUAAAGGGAAGAUGAUUGGACUGAAGGGGCUCCAGGACGACUUGAAUAUUUCUCACUCGGUCCACGCCACCAAGCUGCAGAGUGACAUUAAGUACAAACAGGACUGCGUGAAGGAGCUCUCUAAGUUCCACCUACCCAUGGACAUGAUGGAGGUUGCACACGCCAAGAAGGCCCAGUCGCUGGUCAGCGAUCAGGACUACAGGCUCUCCCUUCACCACUACACCGCCGUGCCGGAUGACAUGACGGUGCAGGCUGCAAAGAAAGCGUACGCCCUGCAGAGUGAGAAACUGUAUCGCUCUGAUCUGAAUUACCUGCGCGGUGCAGCGUGGAUCGCCACUGGAGCUCUCCAGAUUGAAGGAUCCAAGAGGGCCACAGACCUCAUCAGUGAUAAAAAGUACCGUCAGCAGCCCUACAACUUCAAACACACCUCAGUCGCUGACUCUCCUGACAUCAUCCACGCCAAACUCAGUGGACAGGUCACAAACGAGCGUCUGUACAAAGAGAAAGGGGUGAACGACCAACACCACUACACGAUUACGAGCGAGAGACCAGAGAUCACGCAAGCAAAGAUCAAUGCAGCCAACUUCAGCGAGAUAAAAUAUAAAGAGUCCUGGCACACUCUGAGGGCCCAGGGCUACAAACUGACCAUGCAGGACAUCCCCUUCCAGGCUGCCAAGAGCUCCACAGGCAUCGCCAGUGAUUACAACUACAAACACAACCACUUGCUGGAAAAGGGGAAGCACAUCGGGGUCAAAAGCGUCUCCGACGACCCUCGCCUCCUGCACUGCCUGCAGGCCGGCCGGCUGGCCAGCGACCAGGAGUACCGCAAGGACGCCCUGACAACCAGCGGCCAGUACCACCUGACCGGGGACAUGAUUCACCUGGUGUCGGCUAAAAACGCCCAGGCGCUGGCCAGCGACCAGGACUACAGGCAGAGGCUGCACGAGUACACGGUGCUCCCGGACGACAUGAAGGUCAAGUGGGCCAAAAAGGCUUACGACCUGCAGAGUGAGAAACUCUACAAGUCAGACCUCAACUACAUGAAAGGAGUGGCCUGGGAUGGAGUGGGAGCACCUCAGCUGGAGUCUGCCAAGAAGGCCGGACAGCUUAUCAGUGAAAAGAAGUAUCGUCAGCUUCCAGACAGCUUGAAAUUCACAUCAGUGACCGACUCUCCAGAUAUCGUCCACGCCAAGACGAGCUAUCAGCAGUGCAGCGAGAGGCUGUACAAGUCUGGAAAGAAUGACGACAUGCACAAAUACACCUUGCACUCAGAUGACCCAGACUUUGUUCGCGCCAAGAUGAAUGCCCUGCAGAUAAGUGAUAAAGUGUACAAGGCGACUGGGGAGCAGGUGAAGACAUCGGGCUACGACCUGCGUUUGGACGCCAUACCCUUCCAAACGGCCAAGGCCUCCAGAGAAAUUGCCAGUGAUUUCCGCUACAAGGAGUCCCACCUGAAGGAGAAGGGCCAGCAGGUCGGCCUGCGCUGCGUGGAGGACGACCCCAAGAUGGUGCACUCCCUGGCGGCCAGCAAGCUCCAGAGCAACCUGGAGUACAAACGCCAGUCCAAGGAGGAGCGCGGCCAGUACAAGAUCCACGCCGACCAGCCCGAGUUCCUGCAGGCCAAGAAGAGCCAGGCUCAAGCCAGCGACCUCACCUACCGACACAAGCUGCACGACUACACCUGCGACCCCGAGCAGCUCAAUGUCAAACACGCCAAGGAGGCCUACAAGCUGCAGAGUGAUGUGAAGUACAAGUCAGACCUGAACUGGAUCAGAGGAGUGGGCUGGACCCCUCCUGGUUCCCACAAGGCCGAGCUCGCCCGUCGGGCUGCGGAGCUGGGACUGGCCGAGGGGGUUAGCACUGACGAGGCCAUCGCAAAGUACCAGCACAUGAUGAUGGUUUAUCACCAGCAGCAGAUGGAGCAGCAGCAGCAGCAGCAGCAGCAAACGUCAGAGCAGGUGGAGACGAGCCAGGAGAUCCAACAGGGCGUCAACAUGGACGCCAUGGAGGUCCUCCACGUGAAGAGGAAGAAGACCAUCCAGACCGUGCAGAAAAAGACCACCACCGCUUCAUUCAGGUCCAUGGAGAAGAAGUCCAGCACCGUCUCGUCCUCCUCGUCGGCUUCGAUCCAGAACGCCGUCAAGAUGUCCAGUAAAGCUGCUGCGAUAGAAGACGCAUAGAGCUUCUAUCGA